CUGGGGGAAAUGCGGGAAAAUCCGAACACAAUAAAAGCGAGAAAAAAAGGGGCGUCCUGCCUUAUAAGGCGAUGUGCACGCAUGCGCAGAACAUGAGCUCGGUCCGCCGGGUUCCAAUUUGGAAUGCGGCCCCGGAGAUAGAGCUCAGGGGAGAAGAGCAGCAAGAGCGACGGGACCGGGGCGCCCCACAACUCCGCCCUUCCUCCGAGCCGAGGAGUCAGCCCCCCGGAUCCCGGAACUUUGCUGGAUGCUCUGAUCACGGGACCAUGUUGGGGCAACAACAACAACAGCCGCCAGCAACGGCGCCACCGAACAGCUUCUACUACUCCCCGGGAGGGAGCGGCGGAGGGGGGCUGGAGGAGAGCCAGCUGGUGACCUAUGUGGAGGAAUACAUGGAGUGUAUGGAGACUCUACCUAUGGACAUCCAGAGGACCAUCUCCGUCCUACGGGAGAUCGACACCAAGUACAGAGAGGCCCUAAAGGAGAUUGAUGAGGUCUCGGAGAAGCAUUCGAAUGAAAGUGAUCCACACCAAAAGAAGCGUUUACUACAGCAACUUCAGAGAGCUCUUAUCGUGACCCAGGAACUGGGCGAUGACAAAAUUCAGCUUGUCGCACAGGUGCUGGAAUCAGUAGAAAAUAGGACUAAGCAGAUUGAUGCCCUUGGCAAAGGCUUUUUUGAGCCAGAUGAGGGUGAAAAACCUUCUUCAGAAAAGUCCAAAUCUGAAUGCAAUACAGCCGAGCGUUCUACCCGGAGACCUCGCAGGCAGCGCAAUAGCGAGAGUCGGGACUUGUGUCACAUGGUCAAUGGAACAGAUGAUGGUGACGAGCCACCGAAAGAAAAGAAGGCCAAGUCUUCCAAGAAGAAGAAACGAACCAAAGCCAAGCAGGAAAGGGAGGUGUCGCCGAUUCCAUUUGUAGUUGACCCCAAUGAGCCAACAUACUGCUUGUGCAAUCAAGUGUCCUAUGGGGAGAUGAUAGGAUGUGACAAUGAGGAAUGUGCCAUAGAGUGGUUCCAUUUCUCCUGUGUAGGACUUACCUAUAAACCUAAGGGCAAAUGGUACUGUCCUGACUGCAGAGGGGACAAUGAGAAAACCAUGAACAAAAACACAGAAAAAACAAAAAGGGACCGGAGGUCAAGAUAAUAUUGUUGCGUGUUUUUUUUUGUGGGUUUCUUGUAUAGUUUUCUGGACUUUUUUUUUUGUAUGUGGGAACAAUGUUUUAGGUAUAAGAGAUACUAAUUUUAUUAGCAUUGCAAUAUUAAAAUUUGUUAUGGCUGUAGUUA